AUGACCGCACGUGUCCUUAAUCCAGCGGCUGAAGAGCACAAGUCAGAAGGCCAAAAGGUUGCUCACGUACCAUCCUUUCAAAUUCACCCUUUGGCCUAUUACAUCGAUUUGAGUUCCAAUAAUUUUGAGGGUCCCCUCCCACUUUUUCUUAGUAAUUUGAGCGAGAUAUAUCUUAAUGAUAAUAUGUUUUCUGGGCCUAUCCCUGAGAACAUAGGUGAACUAUUACCUAUGUUAUCUUAUUUGGACCUCUCUUCAAAUUUUCUUAAUGGAAAAAUUCCACUUUCUAUUGGAAUGCUGAUAGAAUUGCAAGCUCUUGUUUUGAGAAACAAUAACCUUUCUGGGCCUCUCCCUCCUCAUUGGGAGGAUUUAAAACGCUUACAUUUCUUGGAUAUAGCAAAUAAUAGUAUAUCUGGAAAUAUUCCAAGCUCAAUGCAAAAUUUGACUUCACUUUAUGUGUUGUCAUUGCGCCAAAAUCAUCUUGAAGGAGAGUUCCCUUAUUUCUUUAGAAACUACCUACUCUUGCGAAGCCUCGAUGUUUCAAGAAAUAGAUUUUUUGGAAAGCUACCGACAUGGAUAGGAGAAAGCUUACCCUUUCUAUUACGCUUAAACCUUAGGUCAAACUUUUUCAAUGGGCACAUACCUCAAGAAUUAUGUCUUCUGUUUCGUCUUCGAAUUUUAGACCUUGCACAAAAUGAGUUUUCAGGAGGAAUCCCUCCAUGUUUGGGGGACUUUAGUGAAGGCAGCCGUGACAAAAUGUUUAUUGCUAUUAACUAUGAGCAAAUGUUGGUGGUUUCAAAGGGAAGAGACUAUUUGUAUGAAGCAACUCUUCAUCUUGUUCGUUCCAUAGACCUUUCAAGCAACAAUCUAUCAGGAGAAAUACCUGAUAACAUAACAAAAUUUUCAAGCUACUUAAAUUUGUCAUUCAACAACUUGUCUGGAAAGAUUCCACGUGGGAGUCAACUUCAAACACUCAAUGACCCUUCUAUCUAUCAAGGCAACUAUUUACUUUGUGGUCAUCCUCUUCCGACAAAGUGCCCGUGGGAUGAAACUGAACCUGGUCAUGCAGCACCGAUUGAUGACGGCAAGGUGGACGAAAAUAAUGAAGAUAGAACUGACUCACUAUUGUUCUACCUAAGUGUGGCAGUUGGUUUUGUUGUUGGAUUUUGGGGAGUUUGCGGGACCCUUAUUGUUAAAACAUCAUGGAGGCUCGCUUACUUUCGAAUGUUUGAUAAUUUGAAAGACAAGAUUGCUAUUUUCAUUAUGGUUAAAGGAAUAUCUCCUUUACAGAGGAAGUUGGGGAGAAGAAGCUAA